UGCUUCCUUCUCCUUCUCCUUCUCUAGCUCCCUCAGCGCUUCCUCCUCGGCAGCCUUCUCCACGCGAAGAAUAGGUUCAUAGUAAUCAGCAUGAGUCGUCAUACACUCCUUCAAUGCCAUAGUCACCUCAGCACACUUCUCCACAUAAUCUUCAUCUUUUGCUUCAUUGAUGCAGUUCUCCCACGCUACAAAGGCGUCCUUACAGCCACCCCCUUUCAUAAACAGACAAAACCCACACUCUCCUUCCUCUUCGUCUUCCUCUCCUUCUCUUUCUUUGUCUGUGGACUCAGUGAUCUGCUGAUUCGCAUCUCGGUUUUCGGUGCUGUCAGCAGAGGAAUCUGAAACACUUAAUUAAAUUAAUUCAGACUAAUUAAAAUAACCUUACUUGACGCCAAACUAAUUGACUCGUCCGGCACCCUUUCACAUUUUCCAUCUUUUCCUUUUGUUGAAUAAGAUUGCAGUCUUCUA